GGCGGCGGCGCUGCUCCCGCGUCACAGCGCCGGGCGCGGCGGGGAGAUGCGGCUCCUGGCGCUGGCGGCGGCCGUGCUGCUGGCGCGGGCUCCGGCCCCGGAGGUCUGUGGGGCCCUCAAUGUCACCGUGUCCCCGGGGCCCGUGGUUGACUACCUGGAGGGGGAAAAUGCUACUCUCCUCUGCCACGUCUCCCAGAAGAGGCGGAAGGACAGCUUGCUGGCCGUGCGCUGGUUCUUUGCACGCCCGGACUCCCAGGAGGCCCUGAUGGUUAAGAUGACCAAGCUCCGGGUGGUGCAGUACUAUGGGAACUUCAGCCGCAGCGCCUACCGUCAGAGGCUGCGCCUCCUCGAGGAGCGGCGCGGCGUGCUCUACACCCUCUCCCUCUUGACCCUCCGCCCAGCCGAUCAAGGGCAUUACGUGUGCAAAGUCCAGGAAAUCAGCAAGCACAGGAAUAAGUGGACAGCUUGGUCCAAUGGCUCCUCGGCGACAGAAAUGAGAGUGAUUUCCCUCAAAGCAUCUGAAGAUUCAUCGUUUGAGAAAAAGAAAGAGACCUGGGCAUUUUUUGAAGACCUCUACGUGUAUGCUGUGCUCGUGUGCUGUGUGGGGAUUCUCAGCGUUCUGCUCUUCACUCUGACCAUCAUCUGGCAGUCUGUGUUUAGCAAGAGGAAAUCCAGAGUGAGACACUAUUUGGUGAAAUGCCCUCAGAACAGGAAGGAGCUGGCAGGUGGACUGAACUACUUUGAUGCCUUCUGGCCACAAACACUCCUGAUCCCCUUCCACCAACGCCUGCUUGUCCUAUGUCCUACUCUACAGAAUGCAUCCAUUAGUGAUACAUGUGCUAAGAUGCUAGCCUUUUAGCUGAUGGGACACACCUCACAGGUAACAAUAGUUAUGGAGUUAUGGUAGAUAUUGCAAACUCAUAGUAUUUAAAAAUUUGGGACUUCUGGUCCAGACAGGAUGGAUUAGAUCAAUUUCUCUCUGCUCUUCCCUGCUAAUAAGCACAACUAUCAAUUCUGGAAAUAAUAUAAGAGACAGACAAAGGAGGACUCUGAAAGGUAGUAAGAAGAAAAUGAUGAGACAAAGGCAAAGAGAAAUAUGUUAAAAGCAACCAGAGAGAAACAAUGCAUUACCUACAGGGAAACGCAAAUUUGAAUGACAGUGAAUUUUUCAUCUGAAUCCGUGGAGAGCAGAAAGAAGCAGCCCAUUUUUGAAACACUGCAAGAAAAGAACUGUCACCCACAAAUUCUAUAUUCAGCAAAACUAUCCUUUAGGAAUGAAGGGGAUAUAAAGACAUUCUCAGAUGAAGGGAAAUGAAAAGAAUUUUUAGUUUCACUAUCAGGCCUACUUUAAAAGAAUGGCUAAAAGAAAUUCUUGAAAUAAAAGGAAAUAUCUUGAUGCAUUAGGAAGGAAGAAGGAAGAAUUGAAAGAGCAGAAAUCUGGGUGCAUAAGUAGACUAUUCUUUUCUUCAUGAAUUUAAAAAAUAAUAUUUGAUGAUUGAAACAAAAAUUAUAAAACCAUCUGAUACUCAAGAAGAGCAUUAUGAUAUGUAAAAAUGAGGAGGGUAAGUGACCUAAAUAGAAAUGAGAUUUCCACAUUUUACUUCAAGUGAUAGAACAUUUUUACCAGUGGGCUGUGGUGUCACAUGUGUGUAUUGCAAUGCUCAAAGCAAUUAUUAAAGAAUUAUGAAAAAUACAUUCAAGGGCUUCCCUGGUGGCGCAGUGGUUGAGAGUCCACCUGCCGAUGCAGGGGACACGGGUUCGUGCCCCGGUCUGGGAGGAUCCCACAUGCCGCGGAGCAGUUAGGCCCGUGAGCCAUGGCCGCUGAGCCUGCGCGUCCGGAGCCUGUGCUCCGCAACAGGAGAGGCCACAACAGUGAGAGGCCCGCGUACUGCAAAAAAAAAAAAAAAAAAACCAUUCAAAAACAAUAUAGAAUAAUAAAGAUAGAAUCCUAAAAUAUGUUGAAGUAACAUAAAGAAACAGAGGGAUGAGAACCGCAGAAAACAAACAGAAAGCAAAUAAUAAAAUGGCAGACUUAAUUGCUGACAUACUACUUAUCUUAAAUGUAAGUGGUUUAAAUACAUCAGAUGACAGAGGCUGACAGAGUGGAUUAAAAAAAAAAUGACCUAAAUAUAUGCUCUUUACAAGGAACUCAUUUCAAACACAGUGACAUAGGAAGAUUGAAAUAGAAGGAUGGAAAAAGAUAUACCAUGCAAACAUUACCAAAAAAUUCAAGAGUGGGCAUACUAAUACAUGAUAAAAUAGACUUCAGAGCAAAGAAACUUACUAGAGAUAAAGAGGGACAUUAAAUAAUGAUGAAAGGGUCAAUCCACCAGGAAGACAAAGAUCCUAAAUGUGUACAUAUCAAAUAGCAGAACCACAAAAUGCCUAAAGCAAAAACUGAAAGAAGAAAUAGAUAAGUCCACAAUGAUAACUGGCAACUUCAACAUCCCCUCUCAACAGUAGAUAGACCAACUAGAUAGAGGAUUAGCAAGGAUUUUGAAGAUCUAAACAACACAGUCACCCAAGAGGACCAAAUUGAUAUGUAUCAAACACUCCAACCACCAACAGCAGAACACAUUUUUUUUCCAUCCCUCAUGCAACAUUCACCAUAAGAUAUGGUUUGUCUUAGACCAAAUCCUGGGUUAUAAAACAAAUCCCAACAAAUUUAAAAUAAUUAAAAUCAUAUAAAAUGUGUUCUCGGACUACAGUGUAAUCAAACCAUAAAGCAGAAAUAAAACAACAGCAAGAAAAUCUCUAACCAUGUGGAAAUUAAACAGCACACUUAAAAAAAAAUCCAUGGGUCAAAGAGGGAGUCUAGAAGGAAAUAAGAAAUACAUAGGAUUGACCAAAAAUGAGAAUAAACAUAACAGAAUAUGUGGUAUGCAGCUAAAGCUGUGCUAACAGUGAAAUUUAUAGUAUUAAACGCUUACAUUAGAAGAGAGGAAAGCCCUCCAAUCAACAUUCUGAGGUCUCACCUCAGGAAAUUAGGAAAAGAGCAAAAUAAACCUGAAGCAAACAGAAGGAAGGAGAUAAUAAAGAUCAAAGCAGGAACUGAUGAAAUUGAAAACAGCAAUGUGAUAGAGAAAAUCAAUGAAACAAAAAGCUGUUUCUUAGGAAACCUUCGGGAAAAAAUGGGAAACGUGUACAUAGGAUCUCUCUGCUUUAUUUCUUAUGACUAUGUGAAUGUACAAUUACCUCUGUUAAAGUUUCAAUUAAAAAUUGUAUUUGAUAUCUCUGGGGGAUUCUGUUUACAGUCCCAACAAUCCCUAUACUUGACUGCUUUGUGUUCCUGCUAUUGAGUUUGGGAUCCUCAGAAAUCCUGUUACUCAUAUCAAAAUGCAAAGUUAUUUUAUUGAGAGCUUACUGUCUACCAGGUACUGUUCUAGGAGCUUGGGAGGCAGCAGUGAAGUAAAGAGACAGAAAUCCCUGCCUUCCUGAGUGCAAAUGUAUGUGUAUAUGUCCCCAGGAGAGAUGUCUGAGUAUGGUUGAGUGAGGGGACUAGCAAGUCCUCUCCCCCAGAAAGCAACUAUAAAUCUUAACAAAAUUGACAGAAGUAACCAUUUUAGCACUUUGGAAAGACCAGAGGUAUAUAUUAACCUGAGAGGCUUUUCUACUUGAAAAACUGCUGAACUGCUGAGAGGAACAGUGAUACCGUGUGGAGUUUUGGCCUUGGGCUGCCCUGAUAUUCUCCCCUCCCAGCUUGGCUGAUGAGGAGAUUCUUUUAAGGCAGGAAGUGCUGGGAGGACCAUCAGCCUCUCUAUUGUGGUAGAAGGGGGCUCACUUGACUUGGAGCAGUGUGCAAGGCCCACGUUCAGCAGUGUUGGCAGUGGAAGUGGCAGUCUUAGCAGUAUUGAGCAGGGAGGCCCAGUGGUUCUGCUAGCCUGAGGUUUGGGUCACAGUUGGGUCAAGCAUAUCUCUGGCUGAGACAACAUGCAUGUGCAGAGGAGAGUGGAGGGCACGCAAAGGAUAGAAAAAGAUAAACCAUGCAAGUAGUAACAAUAAGAGAGGUGGUAGCUAAGUUAAUAAGACAUACUUUAAGACAGGAAAUAUUACUAGAGACAAAGAAAGAAGUUUUUUAACUAUAAAAGAUCAACAUAUCAGGAUAAUUUAACACAUUGCGUGGACCAAACAACAGAGCCUCAACAUACAUGAAGCAAAAACAGAAAAUUAAAAGAUGAAAAUUUUCAAUUAUUCUAGAGUAAUAGCUGGAAAUUUCAAUGCUCCACUCUGAAUAAUUGAUCGAAUACUGAGAGAGAAAAUCAACCAGGACACAGAAGAUGAAGCAGUUUUACCUGACAAAUAAGAAUGCUUUACCCAGUGACUGCAUAAUGAAUUCUUUUCAAGUUUAUUUGGUACAUUCUCCAGGAUAGGCCAUAUGCUAGGCCAUAAAGCAAAUCUUUAUAAAGUUAGUAUUUUAUUUAUGUAAGAAAUCAUAUGAAGUCUGUUCUCUGACCACAACAGAAUUAAAUAGAAAUUAGUGACAGAAAGAAAUCUGGGAAAUUCCUAAAUGUUUUGAAUUUCAAACAACAUACUUUAAAAUAAUAUGUGGGUCAAAGAAGAAAUCAAAAGAAAAAUUAGAAAAUAUUUUGAAUUAAAUAAAAAUGAAAACACAGCAUAUCAAAACCUAUAGAAUGCAGCUAAAGUAGUGCUUAGAGAAGAAUUUAUGGCCUUUAAAUGCCUAUAUCAGACAAGAAGAAGGGUCUAAAAUCAAUACAAGCUUUCACCAUAAGAGACUAGAAAAAAAAAGUGUAAGUGAAAUCCAAAGUAAGCAGAAGAAAGGUUAUAAUAGAGAUUAGAACAGAAAUCAAUGGCAUGGAAAACACUUACACACACACACACACACACACACACAUAAAGAAGUAUCAAUGAGGGCUUCCCUGGUGGCGCAGUGGUUGAGAGUCCGCCUGCCAAUGCAGGGGACAAGGAUUCGUGCCCUGGACCGGGAAGAUCCCACAUGCCGCGGAGCUGCUGGGCCCAUGAGCCAUGGCCACUGAGCCUGCGCUUCCAGAGCCUGGGCUCCGCAACGGGAGAGGCCACAA